CGCUCCGCCCGGAACCUCCCGCGCAGCUCCGGGCGCCGCCCGGCGCCAUCGCCGGCGCACAGGGCCCGGCUCCGCCCCCGCCGCCUCAGCGCUGCCUUCGGAGCGUCCCGCAGAGCGCUGCCUUCGCUCCGCCCUGCCCCGAGCCGAGGAAUGGCUGAGUAACGCGUUAUCCUUUAAGGAGGGGAAAAACCUGACAUUCCUGAAAAUGGCAGCUGAGACAUCCACAGAAGUUGCAAAAACAGCUAAACAAUUCGUCCUUAAGGAAGAGGUAAUCGUAGAAAGACAAUGGUUGAAGCUUGCAGAAACAACUUACACUGAUCCCUUUGGGAAAACCAGAACUUGGGAAACUGUAAAGCGUACUGGCAAGAAAAAGGGAGUUACAGCUGAUGGUGUGGCAGUGAUAGCAGUGCUACAGAGGACCCUGCACUACGACUGCAUUGUCCUGGUGAAACAGUUCAGGCCCCCAAUCAAUGGCUACUGCUUGGAAUUUCCUGCAGGCCUCAUUGAGGAAAACGAGUCAGCAGAAAGUGCUGCGCUUCGAGAGCUGAAGGAAGAAACUGGGUACAAGGGGGAAGUCAUUGAAUGUACUCCAGCUCUGUGCUUGGACCCAGGAAUGUCAAACAGCACCACACACAUCGUGAGCGUCAUCAUUAACGGAGAUGAGGCUGAGAACACAAGACCUAAGCAGAACCUUGAUGAUGGAGAAUUUGUGGAAGUUGUUUCACUUCCAAAGAAUGACCUGUUGCAAAGGAUUGAUGAACUAGUAGCAGAGGAGCAUCUGGCAGUCGAUGCCAGGGUUUAUACUUACGCGUUGGCUCUGAAGCGUGCAGAAGAAAAACCGCUCCAAGUUCCUUUCAUGAAGUUCUAGAACCGGACAAUGAGAAAUUUAAUUCAAAACUGCCCAAGUGGGAUGGCAUAGAAGUACAACGCUUGUAAUCAAGGUCCUUUGCUUCACUUGUAGUGCAAAAAAGUGUUUGUAGUAAUGAUUCUGGUAUUUUUAUUUGGAAUUAUGUAACUGACAAAAAGCAUUUUUUCUAACUGUUCUAUCAUGCCUUGACAGAAUAUCCAUAAUAAAAAUACUCUUUGAUUUUCAGAA